UUACACUUCCAAUAUUUUAUAUAGGUGAAAAAUUUGAAGUUGGAGGUCAGUCAUUGUGUUUAAAUUAUGUGAACAAAAUAAAAUAAAUAUUUCACGUAGAAGAUAGUUGUGUGGGAGGAAGUAAAAGUCUGUAUUUUUAAAACUUAGACAGUGAUUUGGCUAAUUGAAUUAAACAACCCCUUAUUGAUGAAUACUAGUAAAUGCAUCAGAUAGCUGUCAGCUAAGAGAUAAUCUUGUCGUGGGGAGCAGAACUUGAAAAGGGAUUUGAGGUUGAAAUUCUCUUCUAGCUUUUGUGGAGGAGUACUGUUUUUCUUGAACGUUGUCACAUGGUAGUUUCUCUGGCAAUGAUGCCAAGGAGAAUUCAGCUUUGUUUUCUUGUUGUUUGGAUACAUGUUCUGGCAAUAUCAGCAUGGACAAAUCCUGAUGAUUUUGCUGCACUACAGUCUCUCAAGGAUUCAUGGCAGAAUGUUCCACCCAAUUGGGCUGGAGCAGAUCCCUGUGGGAGUCAAUGGGAAGGAAUUGGAUGCAGAAAUUCACGAGUGAUUUCUAUAACAUUAUCAAGUAUGAGUUUGAGCGGUCAGCUAUCUGGAGACAUUCAAGGAUUAUCUGAAUUGCAGACUUUGGAUCUUUCAUACAACAAGGAGUUGACAGGAUCUCUUCCUCAGUCUAUUGGAAAAUUGACAAAGCUAUCAAAUUUGAUCCUUGUUGGUUGUGGGUUUUCUGGACCAAUACCAGACUCCAUUGGAUCUCUGACUCAGCUGGUUUUUCUAUCUUUAAACUCUAACAACUUUAUUGGACGAAUACCUGCUACCAUUGGCUAUCUUUCAAAGCUUUAUUGGCUGGAUUUAGCUGACAAUAAGCUUACUGGAACACUUCCAGUCUCUAGUGGGAGCUCACCUGGACUUGAUAUGCUUCUUCACACUAAGCACUUUCAUUUUGGGAAGAAUCAGCUAUCCGGUGAAAUCCCAGCUCAACUUUUCCAUUCUAAUCUGACUCUGAUUCAUCUGCUAGUGGAGAACAACCAGCUUACUGGAAAUAUACCGGAUACGUUAGGACUUGUCCAGACUAUGGAAGUGCUUCGUCUUGACAGGAAUUCGUUAAGCGGAUCUGUGCCACAAAACCUCAACAAUCUCACACAUGUCAAUGAACUCCACAUAUCAAACAAUAAUUUGAAUGGUCUUUUGCCGAAUCUCACUGGCAUGAAUGUCCUCAAUUACUUGGACAUGAGCAAUAAUUCAUUUAAUGCAUCAGAUUUCCCAUCAUGGAUUCCAGACCUGCAAUCUCUGACAACAGUGGCAAUGGAAAACACAGGACUCCAAGGAUUAGUUCCAGCUAAAUUAUUCAGCCUUUUCCAGUUGCAGACUGUCAAUAUGAGGAAAAACAGACUUAAUGGCACACUUGAAAUUGACUCCUCGUAUAGCAACCAGUUGCAACUCAUUGAUAUGCAGAGCAAUCUUAUUGAUUCAUUUACUCAAAGACCAGGAUAUCCCUUUCAGAUCUUACUUGCAGGUAAUCCUGUCUGCAAUGAAGGAACAACACAAACUUACUGUGUCCAAGCCCAACAAGCUGAUUCAUAUUCUACUCCACCAGAAAAUUGCUUGCCAACUGAGUGCAGCUCUGAUCAAAUUUCUAGUCCUACCUGUAAAUGUGCUUUUCCAUAUACAGGCAACCUAGUCUUCAGAGCUCCUUCCUUUUCCAACUUGGGAAACAAAACUACCUAUGAGACUCUCCAAAAGUCUUUGAUGCUUUCAUUCCAAAACCGUCAACUGCCUGUCGACUCAGUUUCCCUCAGCAACCCUACAAAAAAUUUAGAUGACUACCUUGUAAUACACCUGCAAGUCUUUCCUUCUAUCCAAGAUUAUUUCAAUCGAACUGGAGUUUCUGGAAUAGGUUUUGUGCUUAGUAAUCAGACUUUCAAGCCUCCGUCGACAUUUGGACCUUUCUUCUUCAUUGGUGAAGGCUACAAAUACUUCGAUGGUGCAUCCAGUGGAUCACACAAAUCAUCUAGUACAGGCAUUAUCAUUGGAGCAGCAGUUGGUGGUUCUGUCCUUGUAAUUUUAGCACUAAUCGUUGGUCUUUAUGCUUUCCGGCAAAAGAAAAGAGCUGAAGAUGCUGCAAGGAGGAGUGAUCCUUUUGCAUCCUGGGACUCAAAUAAACAUAGUGGUGCUGUUCCACAGUUGACAGGAGCAAGAUUUUUCUCAUUUGAGGAGCUCAAAAAAAUGACAAAUAACUUUUCAGAAACCAAUGAUAUUGGAUCUGGUGGUUAUGGCAAGGUUUACAGAGGAACUCUUCCAAAUGGACACCUGGUUGCAGUUAAAAGAGCUCUACAAGGGUCUAUGCAGGGUGCACUUGAGUUCAAAACUGAGAUAGAACUUCUCUCAAGGGUUCAUCACAAGAAUGUCGUUGGCCUUGUUGGCUUUUGUUUCGAUCAAGCUGAACAGAUGCUGGUGUAUGAGUAUAUUCCUAAUGGCACCUUAAAAGAUGGUCUUUCAGGCAAGACUGGGAUCAGGUUAGAUUGGAUGAGGAGACUGAAGAUAGCCCUUGGAGCAGCCCGAGGUUUGCAGUAUCUGCAUGACCUUGUCAAUCCUCCUAUCAUACACAGAGACAUCAAGUCCAACAACAUCUUGCUGGAUGAACGCCUAAACGCAAAAGUUGCUGAUUUUGGUUUGUCCAAGCUUCUAGGUGACUCUGAAAGGGGUCACAUUACCACUCAGGUCAAAGGAACAAUGGGCUACAUGGAUCCUGAAUAUUACAUGACACAACAGCUGACUGAGAAGAGUGAUGUUUAUAGCUUUGGAGUGGUACUGCUGGAGAUUGUUACAGGAAAAAUUCCUAUUGAAAAAGGAAGAUAUAUUGUCAGGGAAGUGAGGACUGCAAUGGACAAGACAAAAGACAUGUAUAACCUUCACGAAAUUUUGGAUCCUGCUGUUCGCUCAGGUGCAACUCCUAAAAGCAUAGAGAAGUUUGUGGAUCUUGCAAUCAAGUGUGUUGAAGAAGAAGGAGUCAAGCGGCCUACAAUGAGUGAAGUGGUGAAAGAGAUUGAGUAUAUUAUGGAGAUCGUAGGACUGAACCCAAAUGCAGAAUCAGCUUCCACUUCAGAAACCUAUGAAGGAGCAAACAAAGGCCUUCAUCCUUAUACUGAUGAAAGUCUCUUUGUCUAUAGUGGGGCAUAUCCACCUUCAAAGUUAGAGCCCAAGUAAGAUCAAUGUCUUAACAGGUUUGCCCAAAGUUGAAACAUAAGAUCACACAUGAUAUGCCAUUGCCUGUUAGUUGUGCACAAAUUUGAGAGAAUGUAGAAUGAUUCAACUAAUUUUGUAUAUUAAAGAAAAGUGUUCUGGAAGUCCAGCAACGUGACUAGAGAUAUUGAAAUUUUUUGGAAACAUUUAUUUUUACCUUAUGUAAAGUGUGUAAACUUUCCUGGUCUCAAUUAGGCUGGUCAUUUGUAUAUGAGAAUAUAUUUCAUCCUAAAAAAAGUUGUGCAUUCAA